AUGGAGCAUGAGCUCACCUGGGAGCCCGGUCCCGGGACUCCAGCAUCUGCACGCUUCAGAGUCCAGAUCUAUCAUUUCAGAAAGAAGGCAUGGGUUCCGGUCCAGGCCUGUGUAAAUUUGACCAUGGGUGAGUGGUGCAACCUGACAAACUCAGUUAAAGACAUCUACCUGGACUUUGCAACCCGUGUUCAAGCCUUCAGCCCAACUCAGGAGUCCCCCUGGAGCUUCUCUACAGUCUUCAAUCCACUAAUGGACACGGUGUGGGGUCCUCCAGAGCUGUCGUUGUCAAGCUGUGGGAACUGCUUGGUCCUGGGUCUUACACCCCCCAGCAGCAUAGGGCUGCACCCCUAUCUGAACCGACUGUUCUUCCACGACUUCGAUGUCCAGGUCACCAGGACACGAGACAACACACAGUUCAGCCUAAGGGUGUCUUCCAGAGAGUACGUGAUUGAUUACCUGGAGCCUGGGGUGGAAUACUGCGUCACUGCUACGGCUCUGAUCUAUUACAAACACAGUGUUCCCUCUGACCCUCUCUGCGCCUAUACCAGUGCCCAGCCCAGCAGCAAAGGUGUCAUCCCUCCUCCAGACAAUGUUAAGAUAACUUCAUUCAACAUGGGAUUGGUUCUAGAAUGGGAUCCGGCACAAAAUUUCACCAACGACAAACUCACCUACACAGCAGAGUACUUGUGA